AUGCCCAAAUAUGAACCCAGAUGUAGUUUGGAGGAAUCCUCCCUCCCUCCCCCUCCCCUCCCCUCCCCUCCCCCCUUCCGGGAAACUCCCGGCUCCGCGGGUUCGCUUUCGCUUUCCCUUUCGCUUUCCCUUUCACUUUUGCUUCGGAGGAGAGACGCCCGGGCGGAAGAGAGAGAGAGAGAGAGAGUGCUGGCCAAGUUGGUGGAGACCUACGUGGAGACCAUCAGCAGCGGGAAGGUGCCCUGCAUGGAGAGUGCAGUGCUGGCCUUGGCGGAGAUGGAGAAUGCGGCUGCUGUGGAGGAGGCUGUGGCCUGCUAUGGGGGGCUAAUGGGACAGAGGCUGAGACUCCCCACGGAGAGCGUCCCAGAGCUGCUGGGAAUCCAUGCCAAGUGUGAGAAGGAGGCCCUCCAGGUGUUCAUGGCGCGUGCCUUCAAGGACGACGAGCAACGCUUCCAGAUCAAACUCAUGAAAACCCUGGAUGACCGGAAGGAGGAAUACUGCCGAAGGAAUGAGCAAGAGUCCAUUAACGCUCUGCUGGCCACUCUCUGCGUGGAGCUGGAGGAGAAGGUGCGCAGCGGGCUCUACUCCCGGCCCAACGGACACCAGCAGUUUGUGGACGACCUGAAGGAC